AUGUCCACAAACGGCAUCCGGUCCUCGGACCGGCGCUACUCCUCCGAAGAGGACCACCACCCCACCACAACAAACGAACACACUCGCCUCCUCCCCAACCGCGUCGACAGCACAACCUACACCCCCCACAACUCCUCCAACGGCCCUUACCUCUCCCCCGACGACCCAGCCGUGUCCCCCUACAACCUCUUCACCGUCCGCCUGGUCCGCUACGCCACCGUCGCGCUCACCAUCCUGACAUUCAUCUGGUGGGUGUUGAUGGUCGUCUCCGUCUUCGUCACACCGCCCGGUCUUCACGUUCGCGGAUCACCCUUCUUCAGCUUUAGUUACGCUACUAUUGCGCUAGUUACGCUUACCAUCUCGUUGAUCUUCUUUGCGGUGCCGAGUAAGAGCCAACGAGUUCUGAGUCUGGUUCUUGCGGGGCUGUUGCUGGUUGACACGAUUGUUAUCGUUGCGGUCACGAGGACGAGACAUGAGGAGAUUUGGGUUGGGAUAGGGAGUGUCGUUUGGGCUACGCUCAUGGUGGGGUGGGUGGUCAUUGCGGACAGGACGGUUCAGUGGGGUAAGGCGGAGGAGGAGGAAAGGUUGACUGGGCGGCCGGAGCACAGGAGGACGUUGCUGGAGUGGACAGAGGUGCUGCUGUCGAGUGUGGCGCUUUCGGUGAUUACUGCGGUGGUGGUGCUCAUGACUUGUACCUUGAUCUUGAGGGCGGUUGAUUCUGGGCUGCGACCGCCGGGUGAGAGGUACUGGGUGGAUGAGGACAAAUACCAGAUUCAUCUGUACUGCUACGGGAACAAGACUGAUGCCAGCGGGGCAAAGUCGACGACGGUGUUGAUUGAGGGAGGUGAGGAUCCGGUUGAAAGGGGCCUGUGGCAGCUGGCCGAGAAUGCGGUCAAAAAUGGCUCGAUUGAGAGGUUCUGCUUUGCGGAUAGGCCCGGUAUGGCUUGGAGUGACACUGCUCCGUCGCCACUCUCGGCCAGCAUGGCUUCGGAUGUCUUGGGGGAGACAUUGUCGAGGGCUGGAGAGGAGGGUCCCUGGGUUUUGGUCAGUGCUGGGAUUGGGUCGAUCUACUCGAGAGUGUUCAGCUCAAGACACGGAGAAGAUGUGAGGGGCUUGUUGAUGAUUGACCCGCUUCAUGAGGAUCUGCUCUCAAGAGUUGGAGACCCAGGCCGUGGGUUCUUGCUCUGGCUGAGAGGCGUCAUCUCGCCGUGUGGAAUUGAUAGAAUCCUCGGUGCGCUACUCAGAGGGAGACGCUCCGUGGACCGAGUUUGGGGCCGUGCCUCGUAUCAAUCUGGCACCACCAUCUUUGCCAAACUGCAGGAAAGUCUGGUGGCCGACUCUCUCACGAAGCGAGACGUUGCUUCAAGCCGGGCCAUUCAGGACAAGGAGACGCCACUGGUUAUUAUUAGCUCUGGGGAACAAAUAAGACGGGAUGGUGAGUGGGAAGCUAAGCAACGGGAUUUAAGCCACCUUACCAGGAAGCUGGAAGACUGGAAUAUUGUGGACAAGGCUCCCCAUCGUGUCUGGGAUACCCUCGAGGGGAGAGACGUCAUCGAAAGGAGGCUGAAGAAAUUGGUAAAGGCCUAAGAUAGGGGUUUUGUAUAAGUGCGUUGGUGGUGGGUGAUAUUUGAUAACAUGAGUUGAUGAUGGUAGUUAUUUUGUCCUGCGUAAUAUUUAGUCACUAUGAAAAGAGCUCGUGUUUUCUGCAUGCAGGUCAGCAUGAGUAUGGGUUCCUGCA